ACUUAUUUAAUUUUAAACUUUGCAACAUAGUCAAAAAAUAUGGCAGCUUGGUCGCCAUGGAUAGCCAUAAUCGUCUUCACAGCAACGCUUUACACAUCCUUUACAGGAGUGAAGUCGUCCAUUAAUGGCGAUCAGAUUAGCAGCUUGCCGGGGCAACCAGCUAAUGUGACUUUCCGGCAGUACUCCGGCUACGUCGAGGUCCGCUCGCAACGGGCUCUUUUCUACUACUUUGUUGAGGCCGAAACUCAGCCAGAUUCUAAGCCACUUGUUCUCUGGUUAAAUGGAGGUCCUGGAUGCUCAUCUGUUGGAUAUGGAGCUUUCAUGGAGAAUGGCCCUUUCCGACCUCGUGGGAGAGUCUUAAUAAAAAAUCCCCAAAGCUGGAAUAAAGGUUUUUUUAGGGGGAUUUACCUAAAUAGGAGUAAAUAAACUCUUAAUUGCCAAAAUAGGACUAAAAUUGAAAAAU